AUGGCUGACGGUAGUGCGCAUACAGCGCAUUUUGACGUCGAUGCAACUUUGCAAGAGUUGCGACGCUAUGUUGCGGAUAAUUUACAAUUACGGCUAGGCGAGUUCUCGCUGUGGACGGCAUUUCCACGCCAGGAGUUGACAGAGAGCGAGUCGACGCUACGACAGUUGCGACUGGCGCCAUCUGCCGCACUGCUUGUGCUGCCUCGACGUACUCCCACUGUGGUAGCUUCACCUACUACAUUCUCUACUAUCCUCACAUUCUUGACGCAACUGUUCACGUCGCUGAUCCUGGAGCUGUCGCAGCAAGUGUACGCGUGGCUGAGCGCGCGCCUGUUCCCGGGCGCGCGCCCCGCCCCCUCCUCCUCCCCCUCCCCCGACGCCUCCCCCUCUCCCCCGCCCGCGCCCCAACAGCCCGGCCUCCGCCGCCGGGUAAACAUACAUCGCCUCGCCGGCGACACGAACAGCGACGAUGAAAACAACAUCAGGAAUGGUAAUUCAACCCAGCAGAUGUAG